AUGAAAGACUCCGAAAAAGUUUCCGACUACGUCUUAAGGGUGGUUUGGAUCGUUAACCAACUUCAGAGAAAUUCAUCAAACGACGUUGAGAGUCUUAAAGUGAACGAGAUAUUUGGCAAGUUACAAGUCCAUGAGGAGAAGAUCGAGAGGCGAAACAAAGGGCUCGAAGUAGAACAAACCCUUCAAGCAAAGACGAACCUUGCCGACCAACCAAAAUAUGAUGGUGCUCGAUUUCGUGGCAGAGGUAGAGGCCGAUGUCGUGGACGGGUUCGUGGUCGUGGCAGAGGUCGUGAAGGACAAUUCUUGAACAACAAUGAUGAUACCAAGCAAGAGAAUGGACCAACAAGAGGUCGUGGAAGAGUACACUAUGCUUGGGAGUGUCGAAAUGAGUCAAAUGAUGAAAAGACUCAUUAUGUUGAAGAAAUGGAAAAAGAAGUUUCAGAGAUAUCCCUCUUGGUAUAUGAGGUACCGAUAGACGCAAAAGAUAGCUUGUGUUAUCUUAAUUCUAGUACAAGCAACCACAUUUACGAAAGUAACAAAGUGGAGGACUCACUAGUAGCUGAAUUAAUGGAGCAGUUAAAACAGAAGUCCCUUGAACUUGAGGUUAAAGAUGCUAAUAAUCGGAAGAUUAAGGAACAACUCAAGUGA